UCCAGUCAGUGCAUUCACAGCUAUGCCCCGGAUGUGCUUGUGUGUGCUGUGUUUCUGCAGAUAAGGAGGAGAUGCCUCUCCCCGUGCAGGUCUUUAACUUUCAGGACAAUUCUGUGUCAGGGCCUGGGGUCUCCCCAGAGCAGCAGGUUGAGGGCAGGCUCAGUGAUAGCUUGGCAGCCAGUGCGUCCUCGUCUUCGUCGACGCUCUGCACGCCCCACAGCAGCAGGUCUGACCUGCUCCUCCCCUUUACCGCGGGAGACUAUGUGCUCAGCUCCAGUCUGUCAGCGUGCUCGCUGGUCCCCGAGGGGUCAGUUGAACCCAUGCAGAUAGAUGCUGACCCGCAAGAAGACCAACAGAAUGCGCCGGACACCAACUAUGUCGUCGAAAACCCAACUCUGGAUCUGGAGCAGUAUGCCUCCAGCUACAGUGGACUGAUGAGAAUUGAGCGACUGCAGUUCAUCGCUGACCACUGCCCCCAACUCCGCAUCGAAGCUCUUAAGAUGGCCCUGUCCUUCGUCCAAAGAACCUUCAAUGUUGACGUCUACGAGGAGAUCCACCGCAAACUCACUGAAGCCACGAGGGAAGUGCAGGGUGUCCCAGACGCUGUUCCUGAGGGGGCAGUGGAACCCCCUCCCCUCGACACAGCCUGGGCAGAGUCCACCAGGAAAAAGGCCCUCUUAAAAUUGGAGAAGCUCGACACCGACCUGAAGAACUACAAGGGAAAUUCCAUUAAGGAGAGCAUUAGGAGGGGUCAUGAUGAUCUCGGAGAUCAUUAUCUUGACUGCGGUGACCUCAGCAAUGCCUUGAAGUGCUACUCCCGAGCCAGAGACUACUGCACUAGCGCCAAGCAUGUCAUCAACAUGUGUCUUAAUGUUAUCAAGGUUAGCGUUUACCUCCAAAACUGGUCCCAUGUACUUAGCUAUGUAAGCAAGGCAGAAUCCACUCCAGAGAUUGCAGAGCAACGAGGAGAGAGAGAUAGUCAAAACCAAGCUGUCCUCACCAAACUAAAAUGUGCCGCAGGACUGGCAGAACUCGCAUCCAGAAAGUACAAGCCAGCGGCCAAAUGCUUCCUGCAAGCCUCGUUUGACCACUGCGACUUCCCCGAGCUCCUUUCCCCCAGUAACGUAGCAGCGUAUGGGGGGUUGUGUGCCCUAGCUACGUUUGACAGACAGGAGCUGCAGAGGAAUGUCAUCUCCAGCAGUUCCUUUAAAUUAUUUUUAGAGUUGGAACCCCAGGUCCGUGAUAUUAUCUUCAAGUUUUACGAGUCAAAGUAUGCUUCAUGUCUGAAAAUGCUGGAUGAGAUGAAGGAUAACCUUUUGCUAGACAUGUACCUGGCUCCCCAUGUAAGAACACUGUACACGCAAAUCAGGAACAGAGCCCUUAUACAGUACUUCAGCCCGUACGUCUCGGCGGACAUGAACAAAAUGGCAGUAGCCUUCAACACCACAGUGGCCGCGCUGGAGGACGAGCUCACCCAGCUUAUCCUGGAGGGUCUUAUCAAUUUUUCCUGCUGAAGAAAGAAAAAUCACAAUCUAAAGACUUUAAGUUGGGAAGAAGAUAUCUGUUGUCAGUUAUCAAUGACAAGCACAUCCUGUUGCUCAAUAGGAAAUGAAAGAUAAAAAAGGAGAAAAAAAAAAAUAGAAAAAAGAAAAAAAGAAUUGCGGCACUUAAUGCUGUCCUGGCCUGUUGUACUUUGUAACAGAUGCACUUUCCUCUGUUAUCUUGUGACAAACCUUGAUUACACAUUGAAAAACCUCAUCACAGAAACAUGCUUUUAAAAUAAAUAUACAUUCAAAAAGA